AUGCCGAAGUAUGCUAAAUUUAUGAAGGAUCUGAUAUCUAAGAAGCGACUUGUGGAAGAUGACACAAUAGAAAUAACACAUCAUUGUAGUGCUAUCAUGUCAAGCACAUUGUCAAAAAAGAAGAACAACCCUGGUGCUUUUAUAAUUCCAUGCACCAUCGGAUUGUUCAGGUUUCCGAAUGCGUUGUGUGACCUUAGAGCAAGUGUAAACCUAAUGCCAUAUGCAAUAUUCCACAAGCUCAAAUUGACAAAGCCGCAACCUACUAUGAUGGAAUUGAUCAUGGCUGACCGGUCCAUCAAGAAGCCAAUUAAAGUUCUUCAUGAUUUUCUAAUCAAAGUUGAUUGGUUCAUCUUUUUAGCUGAUUUUGUGAUCUUGGAUUGUGCAAUGGCUAUUAAAAUUUCUAUAAUUCUUGGGAGGCCAUUAUUAGCUACCGGGAAGGCCUUGGUGAAUGUGGAAUCUGGUGAGAUAAAGUUUUGGUUUUAUAAUAAGGUGUCCUUCAAUGUAUUUAAGUCCAUGAAGAAAAUGAUGGACUUACAAGUGAUCUCGAUCAUUGAUGUCAUUAAUGGGGAGGUGACAAAUCAUGUUAAAGUGAGUUUGUUGGAUGAUCCUUUUGUAGGAAUGUUAUGGAAUUGUAAAAGGAAAGAGGUGGAAGAAUUUGAUGAGGUGGUUACAUUUUUAAUGGGACUUGGAUCCUAUACCAAGAACCCAGUAAAGUUGAACCUUGAUCUUAAAAAUCAUGAGAGCCCAUCUGCAAAACCAUCCAUUCUCGAGCCAUCAACAAUUAAAUUAAAGCCUUUGCCACCCCAUCUUAAACGUAUGCUCUUGGGGGACAGAGAUACUUUACCCACCAUCAUUGCAAGUGACCUUGAUCCCUGUCAAGUGGAAGCUUUGAAAUUGGUGGUGAAAAGGUUUAUUAGUGCCAUUGGAUAG